CUUCUUCAGAGUUGAGCUAUUUGGGCUCAUAUCAACGACUCAAGCUGGCAGUUGUUCUUUGGGGUCCCAGACAGAGAAGCUUUGCUGAAAUACCAGCUCUAUCAAGCCUCCUCUCCCUCAACCAUUCUAUCAAGCUGCCUCAGUGGGAGAGAUGAGAGGCAGGGCUCACCCCAUCAGCUCUGAUGAAAGACCAUCUCUAUUAGGCGAGUGCUGUUGGGCUCAGGUCCUGCUAGCGAGCAUCCCAGAAGCAUGCAGCUGACAAACUGAAAACAGGACGCUGGACUAGACGGGACCCCUUUGGUCAGAGCAAGCAGGGCUUUCUUACAUUCUUAUAGCUGCAACCAAAGUACUGCUGGAUACUCUCUUUCUCCUCCCACCAGAGACACAGGAGUUCUUUAACCACAAAGUCUCCUUGCUCUCUCUUGGAGUAAAACCCACAAAUUUCCUCUACCAACUAGCAAUCUCCUUGUGGAGUAGGACAGGUGUGUGAUGAGGAAGAGGAGGGAAAACAAUAACUUGUUAAUCACCUGAUGCAGCUGACUCCAGACACUGUGGUCUACAGAAACGUUUUGCUUUACAAGCCAGAAAUUGCCAGUCGUGCCACAGCUGACUCCAGCAUGCCAUCUGAAACUCUAAUUGAGUGCCAUUAUCCAAGGCAGGUUCCCUUAGAAGGAUCAAGGUAUAUCUGCAUGGCAAAGAGCUGCAGGGGACUGGCAAAACGAUGGCCCACUGCUGUUCGGCAGCCGAAACAAAACUUAUAUCGGCGGCAAGCUAUAGAGAACUCUUCCUUAAAUGAAAUGGAGCCGAACGUGGGUAUCAAACCUGUUUCAGUUCCAGACACAAUCCAAGAGGAGAAGGAAAAAGUGGUGAUGGUGAAGCUCCCGUCAACAGGCACGUCAAUCCAGCAGCGAAACCAGCUUCCUAUUCAUCUCCCCCAACAUGGCAGCGCCCGGCACCGAACUUCCGUACCAAGGCAGAGUGACUCUGUCUGCUGUGAAGGCCGCACCCUCCUCAAGAGUUUUGUGGAAGCUUCAGCCCGAAGGGGUGAAUCUGUUCAUGUUCUCAGCUUUGAAGUCCCAGAAGAAGAAUUCCAGGCUGGAUUCAGCACUGAAGUGACCUCCCGGGUCUUGCUCCAUGAUGUCUUCCGGGAUCCCCUUGGCUGGGCAGGGCAGGGCAGCGCCAUGACCUUGGGAGAAUUCUCUGCCGCAGAGCUCGUGGGGCGCCUGGCUCCAGCGUGGCCGGGCCCUGCUACAGUCAUGCUGGACUCACUCAGCUGGCUGCUUCUCCGCUUGCCAUUUCCCAGCGUCUGCCAGGUUCUUGCGCAGCUGCCCAGGAGAGCAAAAGUUACCGGUAUGAGAAUUGCCAGGCUUGUAGCUCUUCUCCACGGGGACUUGCACCAACCUGGACAGCUUGAAACUUUACAUGCGUUGGCCCGUGCCGUGGUGAUGCUGGAGCCGGCACCGGGAACUGCGACGCCAGGAGAUGAGGCGCCCCGAGUAGCUGUGACGAGCCACAGGAAGAAAGGGGGCAAAGCGCUGCAGAAGCCCUCUUCACUCCCCCAGAAAGAACACUUCACAGUCCUUCCAGGUUUUAUCCUGAAACACCUUGGUGAGCUGCCACAGCAUGGCAUUUCCAAAGAGGACAGUACGGAGGAUGGCAGAGUCCCUGCUACGGCUGACCCAACCGCCAAUCUGACCUUUAACCUGUGCCUGUCGGAGGCUCAGCGCCAGGCAAAGGAGUCGGUGCCUCUCCCUUACCACUUCAGCCAGGAGAAGAAGUCAUCUCUGCUGCAGACACCGGCCAGCCAGGGGAAGAUCUAUUAUGAGCCGGAUGCCGCAGAUGACAUUGACGAAGAAGAUCCAGAUGAUGACUUGGACGUUUGAGGCUGGGCAACUGGGAGCCAGCCUUUCUUCCAGCAGAGGCCCUCUUGCCUGGCUGGCCUCCUGAUGUUGCAGGAGAUUCUACACAAUGGCUGAGGGCUGGAAUAUUCCGGUGCCUUCUCCCCAAGGUGCCAUCUGGGUGGCCUCCCUUGGCGUCUCCCACAAGCAGAUCUGCCUUGGACCGACAUAGGAAGGGAAAGAAAUGUAUCUGCUGCCUUGGGAAUAGAUGCACACAGCUCGUAGGAAGGAAUGGUCCCUGGUGGGGCAGAGGCCCAGGCCUCAUUCACCUGUUUGAAAGGGCUUUGAAUGUCCCCUCAAGAGCUGCCACAGUGGAUCUCUUCAACGUGCUGAGCAGAUUUCCUAGAAGCCUGAUCCUGUUAACCUUUGUUGAAGGGGGGUUGGCAUGCGGGGGGGAGGAGAGGGUUGAAGUUGUUUUGAGGAAAAAAGCAUGGUUUUUGAGGGCAAGCAGAUGAAGGUUUUUGAAGACAGAUAUGGCUUGGCUUUUUUUCUUGAUUUUUUUUUUUUAAAAUGCAAGGGAAGUGUCACACCCAUCUGGGUAUUUUCAUACAAUGUGAUAUUUGGAAUCUCUGAAACUUUACUAAAGACUCUGGGCUUCUUUGGUAAAUAUUCCACAUUAAGUUUUUGAAAUGAAAAAUAAAUUCUUUUGUAGUGUU